UUUGCUUUAUGGUUAUGUACAAUACAUUUGUAAGGGGAAUGGUCACAUGAUCCAUUGUAGUUCGAUAACAAAACGGCUGAUUAUGUUUGCAUAGGAGAUCACAAGAUAUAGACCCUAUAAAGCCUGCUCUCUCACCGAAAAUCAUAUACCUGUACUGUAUUCAGAAAGCGAGCCAUUAAUUGUAACGUCAACGAAGCACAGAAGUUCUUAGAAGGAUGUUGGAUGAUAUAACGACCGGUGUAUCUUUACUAUUAGUAGCAGGUGUCUUGUUAAUAACAUGGAUGUACAUGAACAUACGGAGGCCACCUGGAAUGCCAUCUGGUCCAACGCCCUACCCAAUCAUUGGAAAUGUUUCAGUAUUUAUGGGCAAAACACAACCACAUGAAAUAUUCAGAGACAUGUCGAAGAAGUACGGACCAAUAAUUUCUUUCAAAGUUGGACCAAACUGGGCUGUGGUGAUAAACAAUUACGAACUGACGCAAGAAGCCUUGCUGUCGAAACCAAACGAUUUCAGUGGACGUCCAAGUCUCUAUCUUCUGGACUGGGCCUCUGACAAUCAAAAGGACAUUGUUCUUGCUCAACCAACUCCAAUCUGGAAGUUCCACAGAAAACUAGCUCAUUCAGCUAUCAGAAAAUACGCAACUGGUGAAUAUUUGGAGAAUCUCAUUGGGGAAAUUAUACCGCGUAUACAGAGCGUCAUGACGCAGAAGGUUGGGACACCUUUUGAUCCACAUGAAGUCAUCACACUUGCAGUCUAUAAUGUAAUCGCUUCAAUGUGCUUUGGCCAUAAGUAUGAAUUCAACGACCCUGACUUACGUCGAAUUAUCGAGUUACAAAAAGAAAUUAAUGAAGCAUUUGGAAAUGGUACCCUUGCUGAUUUCAUUCCUAUAGCUCGGUUUCUACCAAGUCCGUCAGUCAACAAGUUUAAAAAACUGAUAACAGAAUCCUCUACGAUGAUUGAAAAAGAAGUUAGUCAGCAUUUAAAAAGAUAUAGUCCAGAUGAGCCUGCUAAUGAUCUGAUAGAGCUGCUUCUGCAAGCACAGAGAGAAGAAUUACAAGAAAAUGAUGAUGAAACAUCCAGAAAAUUGACAGACGUACACAUCAAGCAAAUUGUGGAUGAUCUUUUCAGUGCUGGAACGGACACAUCAUCAACUACAUUAUUGUGGGGUAUCGGCUGUAUGAUCGACAACCCUUCUAUACAGGAAAAAAUUAAGAAGGAACUUGACCAGGUCAUUGGAGACAGACCUCCAAGAUUAAGUGAUCGUGGAAAGUUGCCAUAUACUGAGGCUGCCAUCAUGGAGAUAAUGCGAUUUGGAACAGUUGCACCUCUUGCUUUUACUCAUCGAGCACUUAAAGACUCUUCUAUUGGCUCGUACAAGAUACCAGAAGAUACGUGGGUGUUCUUUAACCUAUGGGCACUUCACAAUGACCCGAAAUAUUGGGAUGCACCAGAGGUUUUCCAGCCAGGUAUAGUAUAGCCAGUAACUUUAAUGACAGAAAAAAAUGA